AUGCAGCCCUCCCCCUCGACGCCCGGGCCCCGGGCGCGCCGCAGACACCUGCCCGGCUCCGCCUGGACCGGAGCGUCCUCUCGCGGCCAGGGCUCGGGCAGCUACUUCCUGCCUGGGACCGGUCUCGGCCUCCGACAGAGCGCCUCGGACAUGAGUGCCCAGGAGCCCCCGCAGGGUCGGAGAUUCCCCAUUGAGGCCGGAGACUCCCCUGGCCUUGCCUUCCCCCGCGAGACCCAGGACAGCCCGGAGCGGGUAGCUACGGAGCACAACCCGGUCAGGCCGCUUCGACGCUGCCCCGGCUGCCACUGCCUGACGCUGCUGCACGUGCCCAUCGACGUCUACCUGGCCUUGGGCGGGAGCCCCCAGGUCCGCGCCACCUGAGUGCGCCUGCGCACGGCAGCUCCGCGGGAGCCGGGCGUGUACGAGGCCCGCCGCAGGCCACCACGCUGAGAUCGCGCGCGCCGAGCAGGAGACAAUGAUGCACAUUUUAAAAUAAAAGAACGAUGCACAUUUUAAUAAAGCACAGCAUAAACUGUU